AUAUUUUUGCGUAACAUGGAACAAUGUGCAAAAAAACCAAAAUUAGAUAAUAUAAAUAUAAAAGAAGGAGAAGCAGAAAUUCUGGUGAAUGAUACAAGUGUAUUUUAUAAUCCUGUUCAAGAGUUUAAUAGAGAUCUUAGUAUAGCUGUAUUAGCAACCUACAUAAAAAAUAUAAGUAAACAAGUAACGGAGACAAACGCAAAAAAAGAAGAUGAAAUCUGUAUAUUGGAAGCUUUAUCUGCAACUGGUUUACGUAGUAUUCGGUAUGCCAAAGAAAUAACAGGUAUAAAACAAAUUAUAGCAAAUGACAUUUCUGCAAAAGCAGUAGAAAGUAUUAAAAAAAAUAUAUAUCACAACGGAGUUGAAAAUCUUGUAAAACCAAGUCAAGAGGAUGCAACGUUGCUUAUGUACCAAAAUAGAAAAACCAAAUUUGAUGCUAUAGAUUUAGAUCCAUACGGUUGUCCUACAACAUUUUUGGAUAGUGCGGUACAAUGUGUAACAGAUGGUGGAUUACUCAUGAUUACAGCUACAGAUAUGGCUGUAUUAGCUGGCAAUUCUCCUGAAACUUGUUAUCUUAAGUAUGGUGCUAUCUCAUUAAGAACUAAAGCUUGUCAUGAAAUGGCACUAAGAAUAUUGUUGCAAAAUAUUGCCUCACAUGCUGCUCGUUAUGGUAGAUACAUAAUACCCAUACUUUCUAUAAGUGCUGAUUUUUAUAUAAGAGUAUUUGUCAAAGUGUUUUCCAGUCAAAUUAAAUGCAAAGAGAAUGCUACAAAAAUUGGAAUGGUGUAUCAAUGUACAGGCUGUGAGACUAUUACUACUCAAUCAUUAUGUUAUAAAAAAUCCUCAGGAGGCUAUAAAUUAACAUCUUCACCUUACGUGGAUCAAUUUUGUAAAAUUUGUAAUUACAAACAUCAUGAAGGAGGACCUAUAUGGUUAGGUCCUUUACAUGAUCAACAUUUUGUAUCUGAUCUUUUAUGUAAUUUAAAUGAAAUGAAAUUGGGAACAUUGAAAAGGAUAGAAGGAGUUUUAAAUGUUAUUCAUGAAGAGCUAGAUAUUCCAUUAUAUUAUACUCUUAAUCGUUUAAUGUCUAUAAUCAGAUGUAUUACACCAUCAACACUAAUAUUUCGAUCUGCAUUGUUAAAUGCAGGAUAUAAUGUAUCAUAUUCACAUGCGUGUAAAACAUCUAUAAAAACAGAUGCUCCAAAUGAAGUUAUAUGGGAUAUAGUACGUGCAUGGGAAAAAAAUAAUCCCAUAAAAAGAAAUAAACUGUCAAAUGAUAGUCCUGCAAUAAAAAUAUUAGAUACACCAAUAACUACAAAUGUUUCAUUUGAUAUACAUCCUCUAGCAAAUCCAGUAUCCAGACAAAACAGGUUAACACGAUUUCAACAAAAUCCUACAGUUAAUUGGGGACCUGGAACACGUUCAAAAACAAGAAUAGAUUUAGAAAAUGGAGAUGAAAUUCCAAAAAAGAUAAAAAAUCAAAAUAAAAAUUCUAAAAAAGAGAAAUCACAAGUACAAUGAUAUGGAAAAAAUAAAAACUUUAUAAAAUAUUUUAUUUCUAUUUGUAAGAUGGCGGUACCAACUAUUACAUUGAAUAACGGACAUAAAGUUCCUGUACUAGGACUUGGUACUUGGCAAUCUGCAGAUAAUCCAGGUGUCGUCGAACAAGCUGUACGAGAUGCUAUCGAUGCCGGAUAUCGACAUUUUGAUUGCGCUUACAUUUAUAGAAAUGAAAAAGAAGUAGGCAAAGCUAUACAUGAUAAAAUUGCAGAAGGUGUAGUAAAGAGAGAAGAUCUAUUUAUCACAACAAAGUUAUGGAAUACAAUGCACAAAAAAGAACAAGUAGUACCAGCAUGCAAAACAUCGCUUAAAAAUUUUGGAUUCGAUUAUGUUGAUCUUUAUCUUAUCCAUUGGCCCAUGUCUUAUGAUGAAGAAAAAGAAAGUUUUUGGCCCAAAACUAAAGAUCUGUAUGAGAAUGUGGAUUAUUGUGACACAUGGCAAGGAAUGGAAGAAUGUGUAAAAUUGGGAUUAACGAAAAGCAUAGGUCUUAGUAAUUUUAAUUCCCAACAGAUCGAUCGUAUUUUAUCAAUCGCUCAAAUCAAACCUGUCAUGAAUCAAGUAGAAUGCCAUCCAAAUUUAAAUCAAAAAAAGCUUCGAGAUUUUUGCAAACAACGUGAUAUAGUUAUUACGGCUUACAGUCCACUUGGUUCCCCUAAACGUACUUGGGCGAAACCUACUGAUCCACAAGUAGCAAUCGAAGCACCAGAAAUUCUCGAGAUUAGCAAAAAAUAUGAAAAAACGCCAGCUCAAGUUGUUUUACGAUAUUUGAUCGAUAUUGGUACUGUUCCUAUUCCGAAAUCUAGUUCAAAAGAGCGUAUUAAACAAAAUAUCGAUAUUUUUGACUUCAAACUAUUGCCACAAGAAAUUGCAACUAUUGAUAAACUUGACUGCGGACUUCGUAUUUGUCCAGCUAAAGAAUGUGCAAAUCAUAAGGAUUAUCCGUUUAGUAUAGAAUUUUAAAAAAAUUUAU